AUGGACCGAAACUGUGAGGGAGAGCACAUGCUGACGAGUCCCAGUGAGGAGGUUAUUGUUGAUCAUGGGAAGACCAGCUAUGCUACUCAUAUCAACUCUGAAACAGAAGAACUUGAGAGUCACAGGGCAGUGUAUGUGGGUGUGCAUGUGCCGCUGGGAAAGGAAAGCAGACGGAGACAUCGUCACCGUGGACACAGACACCACCGUAAGAAAGUCAGAGACAGGGACUCAGACCAAGAGGCCAGCGGCAGGGAAUCCCCCACAUACCACACGCCAGCCCAGCGGGUGCAGUUCAUCCUGGGGACUGAGGAUGGCGAUGUGGAGCACAUUCCUCACCAGCUCUUCACUGAGUUGGAUGAACUGUCCUUUAGAGAUGGCACCCCCACAGAAUGGAGAGAGACUGCUAGGUGGCUGAAGUUUGAGGAGGAUGUGGAGGAUGGGGGAGAGAGGUGGAGUAAGCCCUAUGUGGCCACUCUGUCUCUGCACAGUCUGUUUGAGCUGCGCAGCUGCAUUCUCAACGGCACCGUGAUGCUGGAUAUGAGAGCCAGCUCCAUAGAGGACAUCGCAGAUAUGAUCAUAGACAGCAUGGUGGCCUCGGGGCAGCUGGAGGACUCUGUGCGGCUGAAGGUUCGUGAGGCAGUCCUCAAACGACAUCACCAUCAGAAUGAGCGACGGCUCAGUAACCGAAUCCCUCUGGUUCGCUCACUCGCUGACAUAGGCAAGAAACACUCCGACCCCCUUUUACUGGACCGCCCUGGGGAAGGAUUGUCGGCAUCCCGUCACUCUCUUCUGAAGCCGGGCGUGUCUAACUCCAACCUGUCACAGCAGAGACGUGAAUCUCGAGUCUCCAUCCUUCUGAACCAUCUCCUCCCUGGUUCCCCCCCGAACCCCUCCCCUUGCCCCUCCCCCCAAAACACCCCGCCCUCUCACCGGCACUCCACAAACACCCCUCAAGGCUCUCAAGGACCGGCGGUCAAACUGGAUAUUCCAGAAGUGGUGGUUUCUCCACCGGUGGAAGAUGAGUGCAAGGAAGGGAUCCUGUCAGAGGAAAAGUCGUUGGACCUCACCGAUGCAGAAGGGCUGCCCGUUUCAUCACAGGCCGCAGCAGGUGUUGUGGACGGAAGCAAAGCCAGUCAGGCUAAGUCAGCCGCCAGCAGAGACAGCAGCGCUGUGGAUCUCAGCAAGGUGGAUAUGAGUUUUAUGAAGAAGAUUCCACCAGGAGCGGAGGCAUCUAAUGUGUUGGUGGGGGAGGUGGACUUCCUUCAACGCCCAAUCAUUGCCUUCGUUCGGUUGGCUCCUGCAGUUCUGCUCACGGGACUCACCGAGGUGCCAGUGCCAACCAGGUUUUUAUUCCUGUUGUUGGGGCCGCGUGGGAAAGCACUGCAGUACCAUGAGAUCGGUCGGUCCAUGGCCACGCUGAUGACAGACGAGGUUUUCCAUGACGUGGCGUAUAAAGCCAAAGACAGGGCUGAUCUGCUGUCAGGGAUCGAUGAGUUUUUGGAUCAGGUGAUGGUGCUCCCCCCUGGAGAAUGGGACCCCACCAUCCGUAUAGAGCCCCCCAAACACGUGCCUUCUCAGACGAAGAGAAAACGGCCAUCAGAGCCCAACGGUUCUGCCUCUCCAGCUGAGACAGUCCAAGAGCAGGGACAUCACAUCGGGCCAGAACUCCAGAGAACCGGCUGUAUCUGUGGGGGGUUGGUUCUGGACGUGAAGAGGAAAGCUCCGUUCUAUUGGAGUGACAUUGUGGAUGCGUUCAGUCUGCAGUGCCUGGCCUCCGUCCUCUUCCUCUACUGCGCAUGCAUGUCUCCUGUCAUCACCUUCGGAGGACUGCUGGGAGAGGCCACUAAAGGCAACAUCAGUGCUAUAGAGUCUCUGUUUGGAGCAUCUCUAACUGGUGUGGCGUUUUCUAUGUUUGCUGGUCAGCCGUUGACCAUACUGGGCAGUACUGGUCCUGUACUGGUUUUUGAGAAGAUCCUCUUCAAAUUUUGCAACGACUACAGGCUCUCCUACCUGUCUCUGCGCGCCUGCAUCGGCCUGUGGACGGCGUUUCUCUGUGUGGUGCUCGUUGCCACGGACGCCAGCUCACUGGUCUGUUACAUCACACGCUUUACGGAGGAGGCCUUCGCCGCGCUCAUCUGCCUCAUCUUCAUCUACGAGGCUUUGGAGAAACUGGUUCACCUGGGAGAGCUUUACCCUGUUAACUCUCACAAUCACCUAGACAACCUCACACUCUACUCGUGUCAGUGUUCUCCGCCAGCUAACGUGUCCAGUCAGAUCCAGCAGAUCUGGAACCAGAGUGGACAGACAGCAGCUACAAUACACUGGAGCAGUCUGAAUGUCUCGAUGUGUAACCUGCUCCACGGUGAGUUUGUGGGCUCAGCGUGUGGACACCACGGCCCCUUCAUCCCUGACGUUCUCUUCUGGUCUGUCAUCCUCUUCUUCAGCACCUUCCUGCUCUCCUCUUUCCUCAAACAGUUUAAGACAGAGCGGUACUUCCCAACCAAGGUGCGCUCCACCAUCAGUGACUUCGCUGUGUUUCUGACCAUAAUGAUAAUGGUGUUGGUGGAUUAUCUGAUGGGAAUUCCUUCUCCCAAACUCAGAGUUCCUGACAGAUUUGAGCCCACCUCUAAACACAGGGGCUGGUUGAUUGACCCUCUGGGAGAGAACCCCUGGUGGACCCUGCUGGCGUCAGCCGUGCCUGCUCUCCUCUGUACCAUCCUCAUCUUCAUGGACCAGCAGAUUACUGCCGUCAUCGUCAACCGCAAAGAACACAAACUUAAGAAGGGCUGUGGGUACCAUCUGGACCUGCUGGUGGUGGCAGUUAUGCUGGGAGUGUGUUCUGUUAUGGGGUUACCGUGGUUUGUGGCAGCAACAGUUCUGUCCAUCUCCCAUGUGAACAGUCUGAAACUGGAGUCGGAAUGUUCUGCUCCAGGAGAACAGCCCAAAUUUCUGGGCAUCAGAGAACAACGUGUGACCGGACUCCUCAUCUUCAUCCUCAUGGGCUGCUCCGUGUUCAUGACCUCUGCCCUAAAGUUUAUCCCCAUGCCUGUCCUGUAUGGAGUCUUCCUCUAUAUGGGUGUGUCUUCACUCAAAGGCAUCCAGUUUUUUGACCGUAUUAAGUUGUUUGGGAUGCCGGCAAAACACCAGCCGGACCUGAUUUACCUGCGUUACGUGCCGCUGUGGAAAGUCCACAUCUUCACUCUGGUUCAGCUCACCUGUCUCAUCCUGCUCUGGGUCAUCAAGGCCUCAGCCGCGGCCGUCAUCUUUCCUAUGAUGGUGCUUGCUCUGGUGUUUGUGCGGAAGCUUCUGGAUUUUGCCUUCACUAAGAGAGAGCUGAGCUGGCUGGACGACCUCAUGCCAGAGAGCAAGAAGAAGAAGGAGGAUGACAAACAGAAGAAAGCAAAGGAGCAAGCACAGCGUCUGGAGGAAGAGGAAGAGGAGGGAAGAAGGUCGUAUGGGGGAAACCUGCUGACGAUCCCAGUGCAGCGUCCCUGUGGCAGUCAGGAGAAGGUGGCUUGUGUGAGGGUGAAUUUGGAGGGAGACAGGGCAUAUGGGCGUGACCUGAAUGUGGAGACAGCGUUGUAG